AUGGGGAUCUUGGGUCUUUCGAAGCUGCUUUAUGACCGAUCACCUGCUGCCAUUCGUGAGCGUGAACUGAAGAACUACUUUGGCCGUCGCAUUGCCAUUGAUGCCUCCAUGACGAUAUAUCAAUUCAUCAUUGCGAUGAAGGGAUUUCAGGAUGGGCAGGGGAUGGAACUGACGAAUGAGGCGGGGGAGGUCACGUCACAUUUGAACGGUCUUUUUGCCCGCACUUUGCGAAUGGUGGACGAGGGCCUGAGACCGAUCUACGUUUUUGACGGUAAACCACCCACGCUGAAGGCAUCGGAGCUACAAGAGAGACGACAGAGAGCGGAAGAGGCGCAGCAGUUGUUUGACACGGCUAAGGAGGAGGGAAAUGAUGAGCUGAUGGAGAAGAUGAGCAAGCGCACUGUGCGGGUUUCAAGGGAGCAGUUGGAAGAGGCGAAAAAACUGCUUCAACUGAUGGGCAUUCCCGUUGUUCAGGCGCCAUCCGAGGCUGAGGCGCAGUGCGCGGAGCUGGUGAAGAAGAAAAAGGCCUGGGCCGUUGCGACGGAGGACAUGGACGCACUUACUUUUGGGGCACCGGUGAUGCUUCGGCACCUGACAUAUAGUGAGGCAAAGAAGCGCCCCAUUGCGGAGUUUCACCUGGAUGAGAUUUUGGGCAUAACCGGGUUGACAAUGACACAAUUUAUCGACCUUUGCAUUUUACUUGGCUGUGAUUACGUGCCCAAGAUCCCGGGCAUUGGUCCACAGAAGGCGUGGGAGGGCAUCAAGAAGCAUGGCGACAUUGAAACGCUUCUUCAGUCUCUUGAUGCCGGGAGACACAGCGUGCCCGAGGGCUUUCACUACGAGGAGGCGCGACAGUUUUUCCUUAAACCUGAGGUGACUCCAGCUGAGGAAAUUGAAAUUCAGUUUCGUGAGCCUGACGAGGAGGGUCUUGUAAAGUUUCUUGUGGAGGAGAAACUGUUCAAUAAGGAUCGGGUGCUGAAGGGGAUUCAACGGCUCCGAAACGCACUGACACGAAAAACACAGGGUCGUCUGGACCAGUUUUUUACCAUCACAAGGCCGGUGACGAAACCCAACACCUGCGAUGCAAAGGCCGGUGUGAAGAGGGGUCAUAGCGCCAUUGCCUUGUCGGGGACGCUGCAGCAAAAAGGGUCCUCCGGGCACAAAAAGGUGGUUAAGAAAUAA